AUGUGUUCAUUUCAAAAUUUGCAGCUGCCGCAACAGCUCCUAUUCCUUCAGCAGGCAGAAGUGCAACUUAAUUUCCAGAAAAGUAGCGACCAUGGAAUCUUUUCUUUGUUACAUCCAAGGUUCAGCGGUGUGUUAGGCGAAGCUCUAGACUUGGUUGCUAGAUGGAGCAGGGAUGUGAUAACUGUUGAGAAGGUUGUUUUGGAACAAAGCAAUAGCCAGUAUGAGCUUCAAGGCGAAUACGUGUUGCCCAGGUCACGAGCUGGAAAAGAAACAGGAAAAGGGAACUUACUAAGAAGAGAAAUGGCUGGUCAUUUAGGGAGUGUGAUAUCUUCUAUGGGUCAUUGA